UUUGAGAUGCGGAAGUGGCUGUCAGAUGAUUUGGGUCAUGUGGUGUCGCUUGAUACUGAAAGGAUCUUUAAACAGACUCUGUUUGUGUGUUGUGUUUACAAAUUCAAGCAAAAGCAAAUCUGUACAAUAUACAAAGCAAAUUCAUCUGUGUUGGAAAGGCGUCUUCCAACAUGCAGAACGUCAUAAACUCGGUGAAAGGCACUGCUCUGGGAGUGGCCGAGUUUUUAACGCCCGUUUUGAAGGAAUCCAAGUUUAAGGAAACUGGGGUUAUAACUCCAGAGGAGUUUGUGGCUGCAGGAGAUCACCUGGUUCAUCACUGUCCCACGUGGAAAUGGGCAUCUGGAGAAGAAGCAAAAGUGAAACCUUAUCUGCCCAAAGACAAACAGUUUCUAUUAACCCGGAAUGUUCCAUGUUACAAGCGCUGUAAACAGAUGGAGUACUCUGAUGAGCUGGAGGCCAUUAUAGAAGAGGAUGAUGGAGACGGGGGCUGGGUCGAUACCUACCAUAACUCGGGUGUGACAGGGGUGACGGAAGCAGUUCGGGAAAUCUCAUUGGAUAAUAAGGACAAUAUGAAUAUGAACGUGCAGAUAGGUGCUCGUGGAAAUUGUGAUGACCAUGAUGAUGAGGAUGAAGGAGAGGCAGCAGACAUGGAAGAAUAUGAAGAGAGUGGACUUUUGGAGACGGAUGAUGCCACUCUUGACAUGAGUAAAAUGGCUGAUUUAAGUAAAAACAAGGCAGAGGCUGGUGGCGAAGAUGCUAUUCUACAGACAAGAACUUAUGAUCUUUAUAUCACAUAUGACAAAUAUUACCAGACGCCAAGACUAUGGCUGUUUGGAUAUGAUGAGGACAGACAACCUCUGACAGUUGAUCAGAUGUAUGAAGAUAUCAGCCAAGAUCACGUAAAGAAAACGGUCACCAUUGAAAACCACCCUCACCUGCCCCCACCCGCUAUGUGCUCUGUGCAUCCAUGCAGACAUGCAGAAGUGAUGAAAAAGAUUAUCGAGACUGUGGCAGAAGGAGGAGGAGAACUUGGGGUCCAUAUGUAUCUUCUGAUUUUCUUGAAAUUUGUGCAAGCUGUUAUUCCUACAAUAGAAUAUGACUACACAAGGCAUUUUACCAUGUAACCUAUCAUUUCAGAGAUGACAAUAACAUGUUUUAGUGUUUUAUAAGUAGACGUUGUUCCUGCGGUGAGGAAGUCACAACAAUAUAAAACUUAGAGACACUUUCCUGAAACAACAAUGUCAGAAGUUCUCUGAAAUGCCUGGCAGGCAUUUCUCUCAACCAUUCUUCAGCUUAUCUCUGUAUUAGUCACUUGUUCUUAUGCUGUCCUCAAACUAAAAGUGUUUUAUUUUAUAUUUACUUAUCAAAUAACCUGUGCAGCAUACAACAAGCCAUUCUCUUGUUUUAAUGGCAAAUAAUAAAUUGCUAUCAAAAUA